AACAAAUAGAACACCAAAGUACUUGCAAAUAUUUUAUAAUGUUGAUCUGUCCCAUGUUAGAUCUGUCUAGAGGCAGCAGAUACGUGCAUCAAAUCGUCAUCUCUACCGCAAUAAACUGAAACCUUAUUAGUUAACCUAGAGAAAAGUCCAAAGCCAUUCAUAUAUUAUCUUCUAACAGGUAUUGUUUCUUUCUGGUUGUACUUGUACCUCUAACUCCCUUUUCAAUGUAUUUCCAUUUUUUCUUCAACAAAGAAAAAAAAAAUACAGGACCACUACGCAUUUUGUAAAUCUCAUUGACUUUGAAUGUUCUAUGGUUGCAACCUAUACAUGAACCACAAGUUUGGUUUACCUGAAAUACACUCCUAUAAGAAUGUGGGGAAGAAUGUGCUAAGAUAGCAGCAAUCUCCCCUUCACCACAAUCACACACAAAAUGGAGAAGAAAAUUCAUGUGGUUUGCAUCCCCUUCCCACUUCAGAGUCACAUAACUUCCUUGAUGAAGCUAGCAAAAAUCCUUCAUUUCAGAGGUGUUCAUAUAACCUUUGUCAACACAGAAUUCAAUCAUCAACGUUUAUUAAAUACAAGGGGAUAAGAUUCACUUAAAGGCUUACCGGAUUUUCGUUUCGAAACAAUCCCUGACGGUCUACCACCACCAACCAAUCCAAAUGCUACCCAAGAUGUCUUAUCUCUCUGCGUCUCCAUGCAAACUAACUGCUUAAGACCUUUUCGAAAUAUUAUCCAAAAACUCAACAACUCUGCAGAUUCAAAUGUCCCUCCUGUGAGCUGUAUAGUAUCUGAUGGUUCUCUGAGCUUCACUCUACAAGCAGCUAAAGAGUUUGGAAUUCCAGAUAUGACAUACUGGCCAAUUAGCUUCUGUGCCUUUAUUUGUCUUCUUCACUUUCCGCAUCUCGUCCAAAGAGGUCUUGUCCCACUCAAAGAUGAGAGUUACCUAACCAACGGGUACAUGAAGGAGACAUUCAUUGACUGGAUACCCGGUGUAAAAGAUAUCAGAUUCAGAGAUUUACCAAGCUUCGUUCUAACGGCCAAUCCCAACGACCCUAUGAUGGAUUUUUCGAUACGAGAAACUAAAAGAACUUAUGAUGCUACAGCCUUGAUUUUCAAUACUUUUGAUGCCUUGGAGAUGGAUGUUUUGGAUGCAGUCAAGUCUGAGUUGUCACUUCCUCCUAUUUACACCGUUGGUCCUCUUCAUUCACUCCUCAAUCAAAUUCCUCUUAGUGAGUCGCAAUCUCUUGGAUCAAAUAUGUGGAUAGAGGAUACCAAAUGUCUAGAAUGGCUUGGUUCCAAAGAACCUAACUCAGUCGUUUAUGUAAAUUUCGGCAGCGUCCUUGUUAUGAAUACUCAACAACUCACCGAAUUUGCAUGGGGACUAGCAAACAGUAAGCAUAACUUCUUAUGGAUCAUAAGACCUGAUCUGGUGGUCGGCGAGUCGGCUACUUUGCCACCUGAAUUUGCAGAGGAAAUUAAAGUAAGAGGACUAAUAGCAAAUUGGUACCCACAAGAACAUGUCCUAAAUCAUGCAUCAAUAGCUGGUUUCUUGACAUACUGCAGUUGGAAUUCAAUCCUUGAAAGCUUGUGUUGUGGUGUUCCUAUGAUUUGUUGGCCGUUUUUCGCAGACCAGCAAACGAACUGCAGGUACUUAUGUAAGCACUGGGGAGUGGUUAUGGAGAUCGAUAACAAUGUGAAGCGAGAAGAAGUUGAGAGCUUAGUGAAAGAGUUGAUGGAAGGAGAGAAAGGUAAAAACUUGAAGAAAAAAGCUAUGGAGUGGAAGAGGAAAGUAGAAGAGGCCAUCUUACCCGGGGGGUUCUACUUCCUCUAGUUUGGACAAGAUUGUAAGCGACAUACUUGCCAGGAAAAAUACAAAUCAAUAAAACUGCCAGUGUCAAUACGUCAUUGUAGAGUGGAGAUUACGUACCAAGUACGUUCUCAGGAUGUUUAUCAUUUAGCAUAUUCUUUACUCCCUCCGUUUCAAUUUAGAUGACCUUGUAGAGUUUUUCACGCAGAUUAAGAAACAUCAAAGAGAGUAAUGUUUUUCCAAAUCUGCCCAUAUUAAUACCAUCCUAAAAUUUUAAAC